UCUAUUCUCUUCCCGAUAUGUAUAAAAAAUGGGAUCACUUAUUAUGGGCUUGUUGAGAAUGAUUCUGAUCUAGUUCAUGGCCUAUUAGAACUAGAAGGCGCUCUGGUGGGAUCCUCACGGACAGAAAAAGAUUGCAGUCAGUUUGAUAAUGAUCGAGUGACAUUGCUUCUUCGGCCCGAACCAAGGAGUCCCUUAGAUAUGAUGAAAAAUGGAUCUUGUUCUAUCCUUGAUCAGAGAUUUCUCUAUGAAAAAUACGAAUCGGAGUUUGAAGAAGGGGAAGAAGAAGAUCAAAAAAUAAGAAACUGUAUCAAGAAUUAUGUAUAA